ACCAGCGACCAACCUCGCAACUCACCAUGUUGACGAAGUGUGUGCACAGUGUCCCACACCCUGUUCAUACCAUCCAUUACCCCCCUAUCAGCGGCUAACAAUACUUCAACCUACACUUCCCAAGCUGCACUUGGCCUACCCAUACUCAUUCCACAAUGCAGACGACUCCACCAUCUCACACGCACAAACGUGCAGACUCGCUCUUGUCCAGCCCGGGAGUGGUGUCCAAGACGGAAGUGCUCACUCUUCCGAACUGUAAUCCGGAUCCGACUGGUGAGGUUCCUACUGCUGAGCAAGUGUCCUCACUAAAGCCUGGCGGACCUCAUCAAUACAGUUCAACCUUACCGGCCGACAAAGUAGACUCUCGCCAUCUCGACCUCUGCACCGCAGUGUUGCCCAUCAAUUGUGUCCCAGAGCCAGCGGACUGCGACUUCCUCGAAGGCGUCGGGGUUGGAGGCUCUGUGUACACCUUACCUGCUCCUUCCUUCCCGUUUUGUAAAGCUCAUCUUGCAAUCCGAUCGCGGAUAGAACGUCGCAGGAGGGAGCGCGAGUAUGAGAGAAAGAAGGCCGUAGCUGAGAAAGGCGAACAGAUGGGCUCAGAGGUUGAGCGGAGAAGCGAGGACCCGAGCAGCGAGUACCUGGGAAGGGCAACUGAUCAAUGGAUGAUAUUCCCCGAGGAAGUUGAAGGGUAUGCCGUUGAGAAAGAGAUUUAUAAGGGAUAUGGGUUGUUGAGCAAGGGGAUGGAGAUGGGAAACCCCAGACGGGGAGCGGAGAGGAGGAACCGUGAGAAGCUGGAGUGGUGAGCUGCUAUUAGGCGGUGUUUCUAGUGAUGAGGUGAAUUGACAUAGUGACUGUGUGAGCUUGGUUCCGAAUCUGUGUGUUGUGAGUAUGUUAUCAUUGUGAGGCUCGCUUCCGAUUCAUCAUUGUUUGAAGUCAACAGUGUCGAUUUGUUGGUAGCAGACAAAAGUCUUGGAGGUCCUCGCGUGAAU